AAGAAACGCUGGUUUGUCCUGCGCAGCGGCCGGAUGAGUGGCGACCCCGACGUCCUGGAGUACUACAAAAAUGACCACUCCAAGAAACCUUUGCGUGUGAUCAACCUCAAUUUCUGUGAGCAAGUGGACGCAGGCCUGACCUUCAACAAGAAGGAGCUGCAAGACAGCUACAUCUUCGACAUCAAGACCAGCGACAGGACCUUCUACCUGGUGGCCGAGACCGAGGACGACAUGAACAAGUGGGUUCGCAGCAUCUGCCAGAUCUGUGGCUUCAACCAGUCCGAGGAGAACACAGAUACCCUGAGGAGCAUCGCCUCCAUGAACCACGCACCACGGUCCUCCCCGGCAGAGCUCAGCGGUGCCAGCCACCACCUGCUGCGAGAGCGCAAGUCCUCAGCGCCAUCCCACUCCAGCCAGCCCACCCUGUUCACCUUCGAGUCACCUGCCAGCCACCUCCAGAGCACCCUGUCUGCCAGUGCCCCCCAGGACUACCUUUUCCUCCACCAGUGUAUGAGCAGAAAGUCAGAAAACGCAAGGAGUGCCAGCUUCUCCCAAGCCACGAGGUCUGCCUUCUUCAUGCGGAGCGACACGGCGGUCCAGAAGCUCUCACAGGGCAAUGGGCACUGUGUGAACGGGGUCGGCGGGCAGCUCCACGGCUUUUACAGCCUGCCGAAACCCAGCCGGCACAACUCGGAGUUCAGGGACAGUGCAUAUGACCUCCCACGCGCCUUCGGUUCCUACACCCACCCCAAGCCGAGCCUCACCAGCUCUGAAACAGAUAACGAGGAGGUCUACACCUACAAGACUCCCAACAACACCCUAUGCAAGGAGUUUGGGGAGCUCUCCAUGGACUCCUAUGACAUCCCUGCCACCCCGCUCUCCAUCUACCAGAUCCCCAGGACAUUUACACUGGACAAGAACCACAAUGCUCUGGCUGUGGCCUCCAGCGACUCACCCGCUGCACCACCCCCGCGGCCCCCAAAACCCGGGCAGACAGAGCCGCAGUGGGGCAGCCCACCUCAACGGCCCCAGCCCGGAGAAAGCUUAGGGCUGGCCCCCAUGCCAGCCACCAUUCCUCGGAGAAACACACUGCCAGCGGUGGAGAACAGCAGGCUGCACCGAGCUUCUUCUUGCGAGACGUACGAAUACCCCCAGCAUGGAGGCGGCAGUGCUGUGCAGUCAGUCGAGUCAAUGAACGAUGGGUACAACUCCUACCUGCAAGCCAAGGCAGCAGUGGCCCGCUCCCAUAGCACCGACUCCGAGGACAACUAUGUCCCCAUGAACCCCGGUUCCUCGCCCCUGAUCCAUACUGAGAAAGCCAACGACAAUGCCCAAAAUCUCUAUAUCCCCAUGAGCCCUGGGCCGCAUCACUUUGACCUGGUGGGGUUGUCCUCAGCCACCCUCCCCCUGCAUAAAGGAGGAGCCAUGGCACAGUGCCACAGACGGUUGAGUGAAAUCCAGCCCCCGCCAGUCAACCGCAACCUCAAACCUGACCGGAAAGCAAAGCCAUCACCCCUGGACCUGAGGAACAACACUGUCAUCGAUGAGCUUCCCUUCAAAUCGCCAGUCACGAAAUCCUGGUCCAGGCCAACCCAGACCUUCAACGCCGGCUCUUUGCAAUACUGUCGCCCUGUCUCCUCCCAGAGCAUCACCAGCACUGACUCAGGAGACAGUGAGGAGAACUACGUGGCGAUGCAAAACCCCAUUUCUGCUUCUCCUGUUCCUAGUGGCACCAACAGCCCAGCGCCUAAAAAGAGUUCGGGGAGCGUGGAUUAUCUAGCCCUGGACUUCCAGCCAAGCUCACCAGGGCCACACAGAAAGCCCUCCACCUCAUCGGUCGCCUCAGACGAGAAGGUUGAUUACGUGCAAGUGGACAAGGAGAAGACGCAGGCGCUGCAGAGCACCAUGCAGGAGUGGACUGAUGUGCGGCAGUCCUCGGAGCCCGCCAAGAGCACGAAGCAGUAGCGCCUGGAGCAGGCAGCAAAACAGGCAAAUGGUGGUUUUCCCCAGCUGGGGCCCCGCUGGGCUGCCAGCUCCGCUUGAGCUGGAUUUCUAAGACUUGUCUGCGGAGGGGAGGGGGUCUUCAUUAUUUUUUUUAAGACAAAAAGAAACUUAAUUUCAGGGGAAGACUUGGCAGAUACUGUUUGCCAGUGAUAAAGACCAACUAUGUUCGGUGGCUAGGUUUGUGCUUUAGCUGCUGGAUGCACUAUCCAGGAACUUCGACUUAGCAAUACCAGGUUUCACCCUACACAUCUUUUGCUUACAGCUAUUAAAGCCACCUUGUAUGUGCUAACACUGCAUCAUCUCUCCCCGUCUUCUUCCAUACCGUACCCCCAAACCGUGCCAUGCAGGUUUGCAGCAUCUCUCAUAGGGCAUCAUUCCCCAGCUCUGAUUCCCUAUUCCUUAUGUAUGCCCUCUUCUCUGCCUCCUCCCAAUCCCACAACU